ACCAGUCGGCCUGAGCAGGGUGUGCUAAGUGAUGCCGGGAAAACUUCGCACUAUCGAGGGUUUGGAAUCAGACGCGGCCAUGGAAAAGAAAGGAAAGGAGAAGAAAGGUAGAAAAGAAAAGCCAAAAUCCCACAAGACUGAGGAGUCACCAGAAGGAAAGGAAGAAAAUAUUUCUUCUAAAACAUGGACAGGCACGGGGAAGAUUUUCUCCUUUGCCAUCCCUUUGAUAGAGAAACUUCAGGGACAGCUGCAAGACAGGAAGAAAGGCCGUGCCCCGCAGGUACUUGUUCUUGCACCUACAAGGGAGUUGGCCAAUCAAGUAAGCAGAGACUUCAGUGACAUCACGAGAAAGCUGGCAGUAGCUUGUUUUUAUGGUGGAACACCAUAUGGAGGUCAAAUUGAACGAAUGCGCAAUGGUAUUGAUAUCCUGGUUGGGACUCCUGGUCAUAUCAAAGACCACUUACAGAAUGGCAAACUGGAUCUCUCUAAACUGAAGCAUGUUGUCCUAGAUGAAGUUGACCAGAUGCUGGAUAUGGGUUUUGCUGAUCAAGUGGAAGAGAUUCUUUGUGUGGCUUACAAGAAAGAUUCUGAAGACAAUCCUCAAACUUUGCUUUUUUCUGCAACUUGCCCAAGUUGGGUAUUUAAUGUUGCUAAGAAAUACAUGAAAUCUACAUAUGAACAGGUGGACCUAAUUGGUAAAAAGACUCAGAAAACAGCAAUAACUGUGGAGCAUCUGGCUAUCAAGUGCCACUGGACUCAGAGGGCAGCAGUUAUUGGAGACGUGAUCCAUGUAUACAGUGGCCAUCAAGGGCGCACUAUUGUCUUCUGUGAGACCAAGAAAGAAGCCCAGGAAUUAUCACAGAAUGCAUCCAUAAAGCAGGAUGCUCAGUCAUUACACGGUGACAUUCCACAGAAACAAAGAGAGAUCACCCUGAAAGGUUUUAGAAAUGGUGAUUUUGGAGUUAUGGUGGCAACCAAUGUUGCUGCACGUGGAUUAGAUAUCCCUGAGGUUGAUUUGGUUGUACAAAGCUGUCCACCAAAGGAUGUAGAGUCCUACAUUCAUCGUUCUGGGUGGACAGGCUGAGCCAGAAGGACAGGGGUUUGCAUCUGCUUCUAUCAGCACAAGGAAGAGUAUCAGUUAGCACCAGUGGAGCAGAAAGUGGGAAUUAAAUUUAAACGAAUAGGAGUCCCUUCUCCAACAGAAAUAAUAAAAGCUUCUAGCAAAGAUGCCAUCAGGCUUUUGGAUUCCGUGCCUCCGACUGCCAUUGGCCACUUCAAACAGUCAGCUGAGAAGCUGAUAGAGGAGAAGGGAGCUGUAGAGGCCCUGGCUGCAGCACUGGCACACAUUUCAGGAGCUACGUCUGUAGACCAGCGCUCUUUGAUCAACUCAGAGGCAUGUUUUGUGACUAUGAUCUUAAGGUGCUCAAUUGAAAUGCCUAACAUUAGUUAUGCUUGGAAAGAACUUAAGGAGCAACUGGGUGAAGAUAUUGAUUCCAAAGUGAAGGGAAUGGUCUUUCUCAAAGGGAAGCUGGGUGUUUGUUUUGAUGUCCGUACUGCUGCAGUUACAGAAAUACAGGAGAAAUGGCAUGACUCGAGACGCUGGCAGCUUGCUGUGGCCACAGAGCAGCCAGAGCUGGAAGGACCACGGGAAGAAUUUCGAGGCUCCAGGGGUCGGGAAGGUGGCCGUGGUUUCAGGGGACAGCGAGAUGGAAGCAGAGGCUUCAGAGGACAGCGGGGAGGAAACAGAAACUUCAGGGGACAGAGAUCAGGAGGUGGCAAUAAAAGUAACAGGUCCCAAAACACAGGCCAGAAGCAGAGUUUUAGCAAAGCAUUUGGUCAGUGAUGAGUAGUAAAGGUUUUAUGUGGCAGAAACUGAACUAUGUUUAGCAGUGUGGAACUGAAUGCUGUUUUUCACAGAAUUAAUAGCACAUUGAACUUCCUUUUGAGCACUUGGCCAGUUCCUAGCCCUUGCAGAAGAUAAGGAUUCAUAUAAAUUAUUUCAUUUGAUCAUUGUUAUUUCUGACUAUUGCUGUUGCUUUUCAUUUGAAAAGGAAAAUGAAUUUAUUACAUCUUUAAUAUGUUACCUAGAUUGUAAGAUAAAAUCAAGCACAUAUUUGCCUAUACUCUAUUUGUAAGUUGAUCUUUUUUAUU